AUGAUUCCUUUAGACAGCGCAACAGCCAUAUUGCCUAGAAUGCCGACGGGAAGGGCUUUAGCCGCGGAGUUUCAACUGACAAUUAUCAAGCCUCCGCUACUGGAUACAAAAUGCAGGUCAAAUUCCCCAGCGGUUUCCAGCCCAAUCUAUCGACUGCUACAAAGUAGAAAUCGACGAAGAAGCAGUUCGGCAUCUUCCGUGCAAAGUACUCUUAAUAACACGAUUGAAUCCACGGAAUUCGUGACGGAAAGAGUUCAAGUUUUUGAAUUGAGAGACUCAUCAUGUCAACGCUCAAAUGUUGACUCCGUUUCGCAUCAGAAUCGAAACCAAAAUACAAGUACAUUGCGUGACAAUAUAGUAAGUUACUGUCAAGAGGAAUCCCCGACUUCUCGGCGAAACAGUUCAAUGGAAUCAGUUAAAGAACGUUCUAUUUCAAUAAAAGAACAAUCUUCAGGUGAGAUUCUAAAUUUAAUAAUGGUUGAGGUUAUACAAUGCAUGAUAUUUUAUAGCAAACUAUUGCCCAGUCAUUGUUUUGAGUUGCACUGAAACGCACCCGGAAGUUUUAGUUUUCCUCUUUCAAUGUGUUCUGAAACCAUUACUCCAUGCAUUUAAUAAUGAAAUCUUUUAUUCUGGGAAGUCAACAUUCUUGUAGUUGAAUUUCAUUUGAAGGUUGGCAAAACCCAGACCAGUGUCCAUGGUUUUGGAGUUUGACAAUGAAACUUUCUGGUGUCACUGUUGUGAUGCCAUUGCCAGAAAUCAUGGCAAUCAUCACGCAAAUCACUAUUUUUGUCAACCCAGAUCCCAAGUUGGUGCAUUUGUUCCCAGCUAUGUGAGAAAGCUUGAAAAGAAAAUUUUACCUUGAGGAUUGGGAGGAGACAUGGAAGGAGGAGUAUUAUUUUAUGGUUUCUCCUAAAAGGUCAUACCUCAGUCAUGAUUUUCUUUCUUCGAUUCUUUCUGCUGUAGCCUGCGAAAGCAUCCAUUUCUCCUUCGCUCUACGCCGCUGGGGACGUUUCCUCCUCGCGAAACGUCCCCAGCGGUGUAGAGCGAAGGAGAAACGGAUGCUUUCGCAGGCUAUUUCUGCUAUGGACAUGAAUUUUCCUUCAAGUAAAAGAUACUGACCGGCUUUCUUAUCAAUAAUUUUAGAAUUAACACCAGACCUCAGUGAUGAAGAUAGUAGACAGCAAUACAAUUUAACAAACUUGACACCAGAAACCCAACAAGCAGAUAAUCCCCUUGUUAUAGAAAAGAAAGCACAAGAAAAGUCAGAGAAAAGGAAUAAAAAGAAAUCAUUAAAAGCUAAGAAAACUAAUAAAAAAAGAAAAAAUUCUCCUAAGAAAGGUGUUGCAGUGAGUGGUAUGUUUGCAAGACUGGUUGGACGUGGGCGUACAAAUGAACAACAAGGUAACUUAAUAUAAAUGUAAUAACUUUUAAUUACCCAUUUUAUUCAGGGUAAUAAGUAGUCAUAUUUAACUUAUCCUGAAGGAAAUGCCAGAUUUCUCUAUAAAGAGAACUGUCAACCAUAAGACAACAUACAUGUAUGAUUUCUGCAUUUUACAUGUUCUGUACAUGUAAAGCAGCUCAUUAACUAAGGCAAAAAUUACAGCCCUCAGAGCAUUGAUUGUUGUCAGAUAUGUCAUAUAAACCAAGGAUGUAUAAAGAUACAAGACUGGUUCCAAAAGUUGCAGCAUUGUUAAACUUUUAUUUCAAGUCUUACCACUACAACCUACACAUGCAGGUACAGUGAUAACAUUUUUAACAAGAAUAUUUUGUGUAUUUUUAGGCCAUCAAGUCAACUCAGAUCAAAAGGUGAAAAAUGGACUACAUUUACAACAGACAAGAGACACUUCCCCAAAUAAGUACCUAAGUGUACAAAAACUCCGAGCAGCUUAUGCUCCAAAGAAACAAGAAAUCAAGAACAACAAAGCAACUGUUCUUUUACCAUGGGUCUCUAACACUAGCUUAACUAAUGACAACACAAGGAGUUGUACCUGUUCUCCAAGGAAACAGGAACAAGAACAAGAAAGCAUUUCUACUGCUCUGUAUCUAUCAUCCCCAUGUAAACUACUGAACUCUCAUGACGACAACAGAGUGAAGAAAGUUUAUCUAUCUGAGACCCAUUCUGGAAUGAUCACAGGGAUACCAUGUGCCCCGCCCAGUACACCCACUGUGGGUAUGUAGUGCUGCCUUAUUGUUAACAAACGGUACUAGUUUGUGAGUUAGUUAGAAUUUGUUUAUUUAAGCUUCAAUAAUACCCAAUGUUCAAGUAUUUAACAACCAAACCUCUUCCUAUAAACACCUCCUGUUAUAAAGACAGACACUAAUGACUUUGUCUCUUUGGUGUCCAUACUAAGGAAGUUUGACUCUCUCUUAAUGGACACAGUUAAGGACACCUGUCUUAUAUGGACACCCAGAGAUGGUCCAUCCCUAUCUUUAAUUUUGGUGAACAUCUCCCUCAGACAGGCACUUGACAGGUUUCAGAGGCAUCAGUCUAAUAGAGAGCCGACAAACUAUAUUUUCAAGCUUCUAAUACAAAAUGAUACAAAUAAGAAAAAACCUUACAUAUUUUAAAAUUCUAACCUCCAAUCCUACCUUAGACCAUCAAGGAUAUAUCUAUUGCUCCACACUUGGGCCAAUAAAAUACAGCAAGUAAAAAGUCUAUCUGUGUGAGAAAAUAUAAGAAACAGUUGGCAUUAUUAUUUUGCAGUCAUAACAUAUUAUACAGCUGUACAAAGAAAAAAAAGUAUAUUCAGUGUACACUUGUUACAUUAUUCCUGAGUGUUACAAUUCAACUACCCUGUACUGGUAAUUUUUCCUAAAUAUUAAAACCUUUAAUUCAUAUUAUUUUAUUUUUAUAGAUGAACUUAAGAAAGUGGAGUACAUCCCAUCCCUGACAGAUGUCAAGGUCAGCAAAUAAAUUAUUGCAUAUAUAUACUGUCCAUGUAAAUAAUAUGGAACUACAAAAAAGCAUAAAAUAAUCUGAUGGAACAAAUAAACAACACACUGGUAAAUAAAUCUGUAUAUUUACAACAAUUUUUUACUUUUAUAUAAAAUGUGCACAACAUCAACAUUUCAAUGUUUUCUUUCAGAGCCAGAGAGCUGUAAAAUCAAGACUAAUUAACUUAGGUAAGUCGGGACAAGAAACAAACAGAAAUGUAUAUAUCUUGAGAUAUUCUAGGUCAAUUAAGCAUGAAAAAUAAAUCAUGCACAAUGAUAAGAGUUUAGACAAAUGUUAUCCAUCUCACCGGUCAAUUUGCAGCAAAGCAUGUUUUUCAGCUCUUGCACUCCUUUUACUACCUCUUACUUGAUGGAAAAAUCUAGGGGGCUGUUUUUCAUAGUCUGGAGAUGAUCAGAAUAAAAAGAAUAAAAAUCGUAAAUAAAAGUUACCAAAACCAAGUUAAGCUACUAAUUUCUACAAUUCACUAUUUUAGGAAAUAAAUUAAGGGCACAAGAGCAGAAGAAGAAAGAAAAAGCUAUGAAGGAAGAACAAAGAAGAGCUUAUGGCGAAAUUUUACAGCUGAAACAAAGACAACGAGCUGAGGUAAAACUGAAGUUUUUUCUUGAUCUCAAAACCUUUCCACAAUGGCCAUUUUAGGGACAGAAGAAAGUGGCCUUUAUGAAGAGAUGAUAAAGAGGUGGCCAUUGUGAAGUGGAUUAAACAAAAAGAGUUGUACAUGAAUGGAUUAUUAAUUUUGCAUGCCCAGCGCAACUAAAAAAGUGGCCAUGGCGGAGAAGUGGCCAUCAGUGGAGAUUCGGCUUAAUGUCCAUUAUAUGCAUUCUUCUUAAUAAGUUGAUAAAUGAACAUAGGAUUAAUACAUUAUGUUGAAUUUAUACAUUUAAUUUGCAAGGAUAAUUUUUUUUCAUUUUUUGUGAUCAUUUUCCAUUUUGCUCCAGUAUAGCUUUAAAAACAGAACACAAAAAAUCCCCCAAAAAAGCUAAAUGAGGAGAUCAUUUUUUGUCUUUUCCCCUGUAAUAAUUUGUCACAUGAUAUCAAUCUUCAUAUCAGCCGCGAUUUAUAUAAGGCAAAGUCUAUGAAGGACAUCCAAAUUUAUGUUGUCGUUAUUUUUUUGUCUCGCUUAUUUUUUAUUUUUCCAUUGUUUUUGCAUAUGAUAAUGUAUGCUAAUGAAUUUGAAACAAAGGGAAAACGUUUGUUGCUUGUGAUUGUAAAAAUGAUUGACGGCAGCAUAAAAGGCAACUUUAGAGUUUGCGUGUUUGUGAAAAGCGCAGUGUAAUAGAAAUAAGGAAAGUCGCUAAAUGAGAAAGGCUAAAAACAUGUUUGGGAGAGACAUGUCAGGCUUUUCAGAUCGUUCAUGUGGUUUUGUGUGCUUUUUCCCAUGCAUCUCAGAGGCUCAAAAAUUUUGCUGUACUAAUUACCUACAACCUUGACUACAAGUCUCUGAUUUUAUUCUCCAGUCCCUGUAAUAAUGGAACACUUUUUACUUCAUGACACUUUUUUAACAUUUAUAACUGGAUUCCUUUGACAGAUCUAUGCUUUAAACAAGGUGAUGACAGAACUGGAGAAUGAAAACUUCAGGAAGUUCAUGGAGGAAAAAUCAGCAGAAACACUUCCUGUAUAAAAGUUUUGAACCCUUUUACAAGAUAAUAAGCAAAGUUUUGACCCAAAAAGUUGAAGGGAAGGAAAUCCAAUGUAGGUGACUACAAGUCGAAAAUGGGCCGGGGAAGAUAUCAGCUAUUUUUAGAUGUACAUUUAUAUUUAUAUUUAUAUCCAUAGCUAUUUAAAUAGUUUAAAACAAAAAUCUAGUAUUCACUUUCUUGAAGAAAGAAGUUUUAUGACUUGUCAGAAAGUCAGAUCAUACAGUUUUAACAUAAUGUCCUUUUUUAUGUCACAAUUCAGAGGCCUUGUGGAGAGAGCCAGUGUCCACAUCUGAAUAUAAGAAUUAGUCAUAGGCUAUCAAGCGGUAACAGGGGACUGUAGAAUGGUUCCCAGAAAAACGUGGGUGUCAGAAAAUUAUCUGAUCUCCAGUGCCUGAUGAACACCCUGCCAGAUCCCAAAAAUACUCUCCCAGACCCUGUUAAGGUGCAUGCAGAGCAUGUUAUUGACUUCAAGCGUGGUGAAUCAUCACCAUGACAACAUGUUGUCUUGCAAUACAGUUUAUCAGUUUACAGUUGACUCUCUCAUAACAGACACCUUUAUAAGACAGACACCUCUGUAAAAUGGACACCCAGAUUUGGUCCUUGUCUUUCUUUACAUUCUGUAGACUCCCUAUAAGAUGGACAUCUCUCUAAGAGGAACACUUAGUACCAGUCGCAAAGGUGUCUGUCUUAGAGAGAGCUGACUGUAAAACUGAGCUUAUUUGUAAAAAUGAUGAAUAUAUAAUAAUGGGAAACAUGUUGUUUGAAAAUUCAAACUGGGACCAAUCCACAUCCCCUUAAUGUACUGUAGCUCUUGCAGACUGUCUAGUCAUCCCCUGAGAGGGGAUGACUACUUGUGAGGCCCUCUUUGGGGGGAGGGGUUAUGUAUGUCCCUAGUCUGAACUCAAUAUUUUCAAAAGCUGUCGUUUCAGCAUACUGAGGAGGAAGCCAUGUCGCUUUUCUCUGUCACUGUUACAGUUUCAACCCAUUUU